AUGUCUUUGUCAAAAAGAAGAAAAGUGGACACAGAGUGCAGAGUUUUCCAGGAAAAAUGGACUGAGAAUUAUUUAUUCACAGAGGUGAAUACAAAAGCAGUGUGCUUGGUAUGUAAUCAGCAAGUUGCAGUGCUCAAAGAAUAUAAUAUUCGGCGCCACUAUGAGACUCAUCAUAAUGAAAAAUAUCACCAUUUGAAAGGACAACUAAGAAAAGAGGAGAUAGACAAAUUGUUAGCUGGUCUGAAGAAACAGCAGUCUACUUUUACUUUCAGCCGCGAGGUCAGUGAAGCAGUAGUGAAAGCCAGCUACCUUAUUGCUCACGAGAUAGUGCAAGCAUCCAAGCCAUUUUCUGAUGGUGAGUUUGUGAAAACAUGCAUGCUGAAGGCUGCAGAAGUCGUGUUCCCUGAAAAGCGAUCUGCCUUUGCCAACAUUAGUCUGUCGAGGAACACUGUCGCAGAUAGGGUAACAGAGCUCUCAGGAGACUUGAGCAGCCAAAUGAAUGACAAAAUCAAGUCAUUUAUUGCUUUUUCGGUUGCAAUUGAUGAGAGCACUGAUGUAACAAAUAUUGCUCAACUGGCCAUAUUUAUUCGGGGUGUUGAUGAGACUUUGACAAUCACUGAGGAGUUCCUUGAGUUGGUGCCUAUGAAGGACACUACAACAGCGAAUGACGUAUUCAGCUCUCUCGUUGGAGCGCUGGACAAGGUCGGAGUGGACUGGUCCCGUGCCGUCAGCCUGGCUACAGAUGGCGCACCAUCAAUGGUUGGGAGAAAGGCAGGCGUUGCGACAAAAUGCCGAGAGAAAGUACAGACCGCAAAUGGGGGACAAGAUUUUUGGACAUUUCACUGUAUUUUGCAUCAAGAAGCAUUGUGUUGCAAAACACUAAAAAUGGAUCAUGUUAUGAGUGUGGUUGUAAAAACUGCAAAUUUCAUCAGAGCGCGAGGUCUGAAUCACCGUCAGUUUGACACUUUUCUCAGAGAUAAUGACAUUCAGGCUGGCCUACCAUACCACACUGAAGUACGGUGGUUAAGCCGAGGUGCCGUGCUCAAGCGUUUCUUUGAGCUACGAGAGGAAAUUGGACAGUUCAUGGAGAAAAAGGGUAGCCCAGUGAAGGAACUUAAAUGUCCGCAGUGGGUGCAGGAUCUUGCAUUUAUGGUGGAUAUUACACAGCACCUGAAUAAUCUUAACAAAAUGUUGCAGGGCCGCAAAAAAAUUGUGACUCAGUAUAACGACAGCAUACGCGCAUUCAAGUUAAAACUGUCACUCUGGGAGACGCAGCUAUCUAGCGGUGACACCGCCCAUUUCCCAUGUCUAACAGCUGUGCGUGCGACCGGACGUAAUGCUGAUAUGGAUCAAUACAAAGACAAGAUAACAGGAUUGCUGCAGGAGUUCGAGCUGAGGUUUCAGGUCUUCAGUGAACUAGAGAAGGAAUUUGCCGUUUUUCGCUCGCCAUUUACAGUCAAGCCUUCUGACAUGCCAGCUGACAUCCAACUCGAGAUAAUUGACUUGCAGUGUGAUACCAAUAUGAAGGAGAAAUUUGCAUCGUAUGGUUUUCAAGUAGUUAACAUUCUUGUUCCGGAUGAGUGGGGAAAGGGGUAUCCUGUUGGACACUUUAUUACAAGCAAUGUAAACGAUAGGGUGCUCUACUAUUUUUUCAAGGCCAUCAAGGAUAGAUGUCCAGACAUGGAAAUAAAUGUAAACAUGUCAGAUGCAGAUUACAGUUUAGCACGGGAUAGGGAUACCACGAUGUUCGCAGAGUCGUUCCUCAAUAGACUCAAGUCAUACUAUUUUAAAAAGAAGUUGAAUAAACGAGUUGAUGACCUCAUAUCAACAUUACUCAUGAUCGAAGUAGAAGACUAUGUGCAAAGAUUUGGUGACCUAAAGUUGCUAAAACCUCAACGCAUGUCUGACAUCACGAGGACACGACAUCAGAGAGGAAUCAACAUUUCAGAGUUGCGUUGA